AUGGCCCGACUCGUUCUAACCUGGUGGAUACCUCUGUUAAUUCUGCAAUCGUUUCUCCUUGCGAUCGCUUUCGGAUCCAACGAAGUCGAAGAAGAGUUCAACGAAGCUUUACUGUUGAAGCCGUUACCUGAUCGGAAAGUCUUAGCUCAUUUCCAUUUCGAGAAUCGAGCUCCUCCGUCGAACUCUCAUGGCCGUCAUCACCAUCUCUUCCCCAAAGCAAUUUCUCAGCUGGUUAAGAAGUUUAGAGUCAAGGAGAUGGAGCUAUCUUUCACUCAGGGGCGUUGGAACCAUGAACACUGGGGAGGGUUUGACCCGCUUUCAAGUAUGAACGCGAAGCCUGUUGGUGUCGAGCUUUGGGCUGUGUUUGAUGUUCCUCACUCUGAAGUUGAUACUUCUUGGAAGAACUUAACUCACGCACUCUCAGGGCUUUUCUGUGCUUCCAUCAACUUUCUUGAAUCUUCGACUUCGUAUGCUUCUCCUACAUGGGGGUUUGGGAGAAGCUCGGACAAGCUGAGGUAUGGUUCGCUGCCGCGUGAAGCUGUUUGUACUGAGAAUUUGACCCCGUGGCUUAAGCUGCUUCCUUGUAGAGACAAGGAUGGGAUCUCUGCGUUGAUGGAUAGGCCGUCUGUUUAUAGAGGGUUUUAUCAUUCUCAGAGAUUGCAUUUGUCUAUGGUUGACUCUGGUGAAGAGGGAUUGGGUUCUGGGAUGGUGCUUGAGCAGAGUCUUACUGUUGUUCUUCAGCCUGAUACUGUUUCUGUUGAGAAACAUCUACAGCCAAGUUGGUCCCUUAGUUCACUCUUUGGGAGAAAAGUUGUGGGAAAAUGUGUUCUUGCAAAGUCAAGUAAUGUGUAUCUUCAAAUGGAGGGUCUAAAGAAUGCGGAUCCAGAAAAAACGCACACACUCUGGAAGAGCGCAGAGUUUGAAUUGUCCAUAGAACCAGACAGGACUCUUCGAGAACUCAGCAGCUUUCUUUAUAUCUUCAAUAUUGACAAAUCCAGUGACAGUGAGCCAUUUGAUCUUGGGUUUACUUGGAAACUUCCGUCAAAGUGGUUAUGCAAACAAGCUCCAUUACACGCAAGUCGGUUCUUGAUGGGAAGUGGAAACGAAAGGGGUGCAAUAGCCAUCUUGUUAAAAGCCACAGAAUCACCGGAGAGAGAUAUCACUAAUGGCUGUACAAUAAAAGCUAAUGUUUUCCAGAUUUUCCCCUGGUAUGUUAAGGUUUAUUAUCACACUCUACAAAUCUUUGUGGACCAACAACAGAAUACAAGCAGUGAGGUCUUCAAGAAGAUCAAUGUCUCACCAUCUACGGAUAAGAUGUCAUCUGGCAUGAUGGAGAUGAUGCUGGAACUACCAUGUGAAGUGAAAUCUGCAGCCAUAUCCAUAGAGUAUGAUAAGGGUUUUCUACAUAUAGAUGAAUAUCCUCCUGAUGCUAACCAAGGAUUCGACAUUCCAUCGGCUUUGAUAAGCUUUCCUGAUCAUCAUGCAAGUUUAGAUUUCAAAGAAGAACUCAGCACAUUGCCCUUGUUAUCAAAAUUUAAGGACAAGUCUUUAGUGCGCUCUUACACAGAAGUAUUACUCGUACCUUUGACAACCCCUGAUUUUAGCAUGCCUUACAACGUCAUCACGAUCACGUGCACUGUUUUCGCAUUGUACUUUGGAUCAUUGCUCAAUACUCUCCGUAGACGAAUAGGUGAAGAAGAAAGGUUUCUCAAAAGCAAAGCAGGAAAGAAAACAGGUGGGCUUAAGCAAUUGUUAUCAAGAAUCACAGCGAAGAUCAGAGGGAGACCAGUUGAAUCAUCAUCAUCAUCAGAGUCACCUGAAGCAGCUCAAUCUUCAGUCUUGUCUAGGAAACUUCUUUUCAGAAUCAUGUUAGUUGCAGUAGCUGCUGCAGCUUGGCAGUAUUUUUCUACAGAUAAGUAG